UGUUUGCACGACUUACCCUUGCACAUAUGUGGGCCAUAUGUUGGGUGUAUGGUGUGUUGGCGGCGACUGACUCAAUUCUGUUGAAGUCGUCGAGUUCAUGUGAGACGUGAGUGAACUUUGGUGUAUAAGCUCCUUUUAUGGUGGUCCAUAUAACAAAAAACAAAAGUUUGUGUCAAAGUUGUGAUGCUGCAAAGUUAAAGUGCUUUUAGUUUAAGAAAAAAAGAUGUUUGACAAGUUAACCAUAAGAUUUGUAACACUGGCAGUGUUAUGGGUGGUCUAUGUUCAAGCAAAAUCACAGUCAGGGACAAACAACUGUCCCAGCAGAACAACUUGUCACGAAUGCAUUCAGACAGAGUUCUGUGCCUGGUGUGCGAAGCCCUUUCGGAAUGAAAAACGGUGCUUCUAUGUACCAGGUCCAGGUGAAUGUCCUAAAGAAGAUCUUUUUUAUCCAAUGAAUAUCUUCAGUAUAGUGCAAAACCGAAAUUUAAGCUCCACAAUUCAGUCUGCAUCUACUUUGUCUCAAAGUACGAUGUCCGCCGAUCAUACAGGUGAUGAAAAGCAUGAAGCUGUUCAAAUAGCACCUCAGGAAGUCAAUGUAAAAGUGAAAAUAAAUCAAGCUCAGAGAGUACGAUUCUCAUUUUCUCAAGCUGAGGAUUACCCCGUCGAUCUUUACUAUCUCAUGGACCUGAGUAAAUCAAUGGAGGAUGAUAAGAAAAAGCUCUCUGAUUUGGGGGAUCGGCUUGUUAGAGAAAUGAGUAAUCUUACGAGUAAAUUUCGACUAGGUUUCGGAAGUUUUGUUGACAAAGUUGUAAUGCCUUACGUGAGCAUUGUACCAUCACAACUUCUGGCUCCAUGUCAAGGGUGCGCUGCUCCAUAUGGUUUCAAGCACAUUAUGAACCUUUCACAAAAUACCAGUCUUUUUGUGGGCCUCGUUCAAAAUGCUCCCGUUUCUGGAAAUCUGGACGGGCCAGAAGGAGGCUUCGAUGCAAUAAUGCAGGCAGUAGUUUGCAAAAAUGAAAUUGGCUGGCGUGACAAAGCUCGUAGGCUCCUCGUAUUUUCAACAGAUGCCACUUUCCAUUAUGCCGGUGAUGGAAAACUCGGUGGAAUUGUAAAGCCUAAUGAUGGAAUGUGUCAUUUGGAUUCCAAUGGGCUGUAUACUCACUCAUCAUUGCAAGAUUAUCCAAGUAUCUCGCAAAUCAAUCAAAAGGUCAAGCAAAAUGCAAUCAAUAUUAUAUGGGCAGUUACUGAGGGAGAAAUGGGCACUUAUUCGAGACUCUGCUCACACAUUGAAGGAUCUUCUGCUGGAGAACUCUCAAAUGAUUCGAGUAAUAUUGUAGAAUUGAUUAAAAAUCAGUACAAUCAGAUUCGAAGUACGGUGGAGAUCAAAGAUACAGUUAGCAGUAAUGCUAUUAAAAUUAAAUAUAUGUCUCAGUGCCUCAACGGCAACGAAAUAGAAACGACGAAGUGUGAUAAGUUGAAAAAGGGGGACAAAGUGGAGUUUUCGGCUUAUAUUACUGUCACUCAUUGUCCGGCCAAUCGAUCAGAAUGGAAUCAGAGCUUCACAAUCUACCCAGUUGGAAUUAAUGAAACUUUAAAAAUAAAUUUGGAAAUGAUUUGCGAGUGUGAUUGCGAGCGUCCAGAAUAUGAGAAAUAUGAGGAAAAUUCAUCAAGCUGCAGUAACAAUGGAACGUAUAAAUGUGGCGUUUGUGACUGUAAUGCCGGCAGCUUUGGAAAGAAUUGCGAAUGUAACAACUCUGCAAAUGAUCACAAUAAAAACUUUCAAAAUUGUAGACCUGACAAUACUUCCGUACUCGAUUGUUCGGGCAGAGGAGAGUGUUCCUGUGGCACAUGUGAAUGUUCUCAGAUGCAAUUGGUAGACAAUUUGAAAGUAUGGGGCGAUUAUUGCGAGUGCGACAAUUUCUCGUGUGAUCGUCGUGAAAAUAAGUUUUGCUCUGGUCAUGGAAAAUGCGGAUGCAAAGGAAUCUGCGAGUGUGAAGACGGCUGGACGGGCAAAGCCUGUGAAUGUAGAUCAACAACUGACACAUGCAUAGAACCAGGAACUGACCUACCGUGUUCAGGAAAAGGAUCUUGUAAAUGUGGACAAUGCGAAUGCAAUGUGGAGGAUGGGGUUCGAUAUUCGGGAACGUAUUGCCAAAAAUGUGCCACAUGUCAGAAUCAAUGUCUGAAAUUAGAACCGUGUGUCUUGUGUCAAGUGUACAGCGAAAUUUCGAAUCUAACGCAGGAAGAGUGUGCAGCUAAUUGCACAGGAAUUGAAAUACAACGUGUUGAAAUAAUCGACAAAACUUUAAUUAAAGAAGACGAAAAUCUUUGCCAGUACAAAGACAGUGAAGAUUGUGUCUACUUUUUCAUUUACUAUUCGAACGUGACGAAACUGUUCAUUCAAGCACAAAAUAAACCUGAAUGUCCACCCGAGAUUUAUUUGCUCGGCAUAGUAAUGGCUGUUAUUGCAGGAGUUGUGUUAAUGGGUCUGACGAUUCUAUUUAUAUGGAAGUUGUUGACUACCAUUCAUGACAGACGGGAGUAUGCGAAAUUCGAGAAAGAAAGGAUGAUGGCCAAGUGGGAUACGGGCGAGAAUCCAAUUUACAAGCAAGCUACCUCAACCUUUACAAAUCCCACUUAUGGUGGAAAGCGUUAGAACGUUUGCAAAUAAGUUACUUUGUAACUUGUGACUUAUGGAAACAUCUUUUCAGUAUUGAUUUUCAAAGUCAUAAUAUGUAUUAAGAAAGGAGAAACUGCAUUCGACUCAUUGGUGCUCAUUCAUUAGCUACUUUAUUCGUGAAGUGGUUUACGGAAUCCCAUAGACAAUUUUAUUAUUAUUUAGAUUUUUACAUUAUUUAAUUAAUAUUGUUUUCUUUAAACGGCUGACGCAAACGUUACGUGUCUUUUACCUUAUUCCGACAAUGAGAAACAAUCUUGCCAAGAGUUUAAAAUCAGCAAAAAAAAAUAAGCAGAUUUGAUACUACAAAAUGAAGCAUAGACUUGUAGCUUGUUUGUGCGUGAAAUGAGACUGAUUCAUUCCAAAAUAAAAUGCGCAUUGACGAGUCGGACCUUUCAGUUUAUCUUUUGUCAAUGCUGACCGAAAUUUCAAUGCUGAUUCUAAUCUUUAAAUUUAUUUCACGUGCAGAUAGACACUAUGAAAUGUGAUGGAGCGCGCACGACUAAAGUUUUUUUUUUUUCGGUUCUUCGGAAGAAAAAAAAAAUUAGAAAAAUGUUUGUUUUUUUGUUGUAUAUUUUCAGGCAUUCUUAAGUAAGUUGUCGUGCAAUAGGCGAAUUUGCGGGCAGCUUUAGGGCUUUAAUAUAUUUAAAGAGCAAUACUGCCAUAAUUACUUAGUCUUAUCGAGUGUCGUUAAUGUGCAUGUAAUAAGAGAAGAGUACUUUAUUGGUUUCAUGUUUUAUUGAAUUCUAUAAAACAUUAAUUGCCAUAAACGUAUUGAUGGUAACGUGGGGAGAGAUCGAGUAGCGACUGUUUCAUUACUAAAGUGCCUUUCACGUUAUUCAGAUGUAUGCCUUUAUUUCAAUUGUUGGGAGAAUUUUUGUUAUUUUCCACAAAAUUCUAGAUUACAUUUUAUUUUUGAAAAUAAAUCCAAUAGUCUCCGUACUACUUCUAUAUGCCAAAUUUCUCAAAGGGAUCUUCCAAAAAGUUAUAAAGUUGCGAGAAUCGAAUCUAUUGUUGAGUCAUGAAAAGAAAAUUCGAUCAAAGUCAUGUUCCACGUUUAUAAAAAGAUCUAUUUGUUCUUUAUCCAAUUUUCCAUUUGGCCUGAUCCAAAUUUUCUUUCUAUAACUCAAGCCUUGAUGAAUAUUUAAAUACAUUUGUAAUAUACAUAUACAUACACAAAUAGCUAUAUGUAUACACUCGUUUAUAUAUAUUCUAGAAAAUUUUACAAAUAAGAAUGAUCUUUUAUAUUUAUGCGUAAAAUACACACAAAAGUACUUACCCAAUAAUUACACAACAUAAUAAAAAAAAAAAGAUUUUUUUUAGUCAAUAUUAAAUUUAUAAUUACGUUUCGUACAGCGCAAUAAGAUUUUUACCGCAAUUGUAUUAAAACAUUUGUAUACUUAUUGGGUACAUUUUUUUCACAGAUUUUUUAAAAAGUAUUACCAAAAAAAGUGAAAUAAUCGCUCUGAUUAUUAUUGAUUUUGCGAAGUUCAUUGGAGUACGUAUUGUUGGGGAAUUAUAUUAAUUGAAAAUUUGUAGUCCAAAAGUGAAUAUAUAUUAGGUAUAUUAUUAGAAAUAUAUUAAUUAGCAGAGUAGCCAGCUUGGGAAAAGUAGAUAGCACAAAUUGCUAUUUUCAAAUAACAGCAAAUAAGUUUAUAAAUUUGACCUAACGAGAUUUCAGAACAGUAUAUUUAUAUUUAAGUUCAUCGGACUAUCGAUAAAAUGCCAAUAUCGAACAUCAACUACUAUAUAAACUUUAUAUAAAUAAAUUAUGAGAGGAAAAAUGUCGACAUAUCUUAUACUGGAAUAAUUCUUUGCUUUUUUAUUAUUUUAAAAUAUUUUUUGUAUACAUACAUUGAUCAUGUUAGACUGGCUUAUCUAUACUCCUUACAGCAGUCAUUAUAAGUUAUCAGACAAUCUCAUCGAUGUACAUUAUUCACUAUUUUCAUGAACGUCUAUUUAAAGGCGCUUUAUAGUAUCUCUGCGUGUACAACUGUGAAAAACCCGUUCUAACGUCUUUCACUAGGAAAGGGAUUAAUUAAAUCGAUUCUUACAGGUUAAUAUAGUACAGUUGGCGAAUUAACUAACAAUGUCAGUAGACAGGCACUGGCGUUUCUGGAUCUAGAUUCCUACCUUACCGACAUUGGGCAGAUUCUAUAUCUGUAUUGGUUUGUGUCCGUGCUAAGCUUCUGGAACUUUCUCAGAGGGUUCUGAUGAAGUCUAUAAUAAUAUUGCUCAACUAUGAGAACCAAAUUUGCGUAAACAGCUUCAAGGUUAUAAUAAUAAAUAACCUUGAAGCUGUUUACGCAAAUUCGGCUAUCACAAUUAUGCAAUAUUAUUCUGUGACGUCAUCAGGGCCCUAUGAGAACAUUCUAGUAGCUUAGGACGGACACGAAACACUACAGCUAUACAAUUUUCGCGAUGCCGAUAAAGUAGGAAUCUUGAUCCAGAAACGCCCUUUCCUAUCUACUAAUAUCCUGUGUUUAUCUCGUUUAUUUUUUAAAGUUAUACUUUACUGAAUUUUGUAUCAUGUAUGAUUGACAGGAUGCUUUUAUUGUAUGAUAUAUGUGGACUGAAUAUGUUAGAAUCAGCUAAGUUUUGCGACAAGAUAUAAUAAAGAUGUGGAUGAAACCAA